AUGAGCGUCAUGGGAAUGCGCAAUUCACUGCUAGGCAGCUUGACACUGCGCCUAUCCCAGCCUGUGUCAAUUUCCAAGCAAUACGUUCGAUCCCUCCACAAGAAUGCGCCCCCACCUGUGCCAUCUCCGACCCCUUUCGUUCCUGACGUCCAGACCUUUCUCACGCUGAUCGGCCGUGAAAUGUCCAAACAAGCGAGCAAGAUCCCCUCAUGGGAAGAACUUUUCACUUUAAACUCCAACCAGCUCCGCGAAGCUGGUAUCGAGCCAGCCCGCCAGCGACGGUACUUGAUCCGGAAGCGCGAGAAGUUCAGAAACGGAUUGUACGGCCCUGGAGGUGAUCUGGAAACUGUGGUUGAUGGUGUUGCACAAUUGCGGGUUGUUGAGGUGCCGAUUAAUGCCAGAGGCCUGACACAUGAAGCACAAGCGGCCGUUCAAACUUCUUCUGCUACAUUGUCGCCCGGUAUGGUGAAAGCCAUUGUCAACCUGGCACCGGAUGCUACCACAUACCAGUAUGGCAAGAAACAACAAAUCAAGAAAUUUGCGCACAUGAAGAUUCACCGUGGCUGUCAGCCCAUGGGUCCGUUCCUUCAGCCCUUGAAGGGUUCCAAUGGUACUGCAGCUACCAUCUCGGUCCAAGAAGGUAUGUGGGAGGACAGGCGGGGACAGAAGGUCGAUGGUGGUGAGCGACGACGCCGGGAAGUCCAGAACAAGAAGAGACUGGAUGAGAGAAAGAAGGCGUGA